GUUUUCUCAAACUGGAAAUACGUUAGGCAGAAGGGUCAAUCUGAUUUGUCUCACUUUUCAACAUGGCGGUAAAUCUGACAGAGCUUUCCCUUCCUCAAUUGGAGGGACUAAAGACUCAAUUUGAGCAGGAGGCAGAGUUUUUGACCUCCUCAAUAGGUCAGCUCAAAGUUGUCCAGAUGACAUAUGUAGAAGCUAAGGACAGUUUGAGUGUCCUCAACAAAAACAAUGCAGGAAAAGAAUUGCUGGUGCCGCUCACAAGCUCUAUGUACGUCCCUGGAACACUUAAUGACGUGGAACAUGUCUUAGUGGAUGUGGGGACAGGAUACUACGUUGAAAAGAAUGUUGAUGGCACAAAAGAGUUUUUCAAGCGCAAAAUAGAAUUCCUCACCAAGCAGAUAGAGAAGGUUCAACCGGCUCUGCAGGAGAAACAUGGCUUGAAACAAGCUGUAAUUGAGGUGAUGAAUAUUAAGAUCCAACAGCUUCAGAGUCAACAGGCUUCACAGUUGGGGACCACUGAAGCCUAACCAGUCUGCUUGGGUUCUUUAUGAUGGGGAUUUAGAGUUACUGAAAACAAAUUCUGCAUGAACUGUUAAUUGGAUGAUCUAAGGUAAAAGUGAACAAAAGACAAGAAUGUACUACAAAUGUGUGCCAACAGUACAAUGGUGAAGAGCAGCCAAGUUAGUGUUUUAACAAACACUUCCUGAAAAUUUGAGUCUUACCUGGAUUCAGUGUACGUUCAGUAGCCAGAUUGCUAUAUCAAUGUUGAAUUUGACUAUCUUAUCACCCUCAGAUUAUCAUUUGUGAUGACAUGAAAUCUGCAACAGAUGUUUUGAAUGGAGAACAUGUUAGUGCCCUCAUAUUACACUGUUUGUCUUUCA